UUGAAGAUGAAUCGGACAAUAAAGAUGAUGAUGUAGACGACGAAGACUCCGAUGAUCCAGAAAUACUUGAUGCUGUGAAAAAUAGUUCUGAUGAAUCAGAAGAUGAUACUGAUGUUGAAAAAGGUUCAGAUGAUGAAUCCGAUCCAAGUUAUCUUGAAACGGACAGCAUCAGCGAUGAUGAACCACCAAAACGUUGA